GAAAAGAAACGCAAAAUGAGUGGAACGAAGGAAAUCAAAAAGGAAGGCCGAGAGUGUCAAGUUUAUGUCCUAUUCAUUGAGGAUCCUCAUGCAAAACCCAUAGCUGACUUACUGGCGAAUUGUCGACGUUAUAAAGAGGAACUUCGGUUGGACAAAGAGCUGGAAGAGGCCUCUCUUGAAUAUAAAUUUCUUCUGAAGAAGGCAGGAAGGACCGGAUCUCAAAAAACCACCCGUCCAUACGAACUGAACCUUUUUAAUGACGAAAGACGAUGCCAGGCACCAUCCCUGUUUGAUGUAAUAAGUAAAGUCUCCAAAAGAUGUCAAUAUGCAAAGUGGGAAAAAGCCAUGUCGGAAUUUAUUGGUUUGACACCCAAGCAGACGGAGCCAAAAAAGCAGGUUUUCACCGCCGAUGUAUAUCAGGUUUUCGCCGAAGAUGGAAAGGCAACAAAAGAUGAUGAGGAAUCAGAUAGAGGAAAACCCCCUAAAUUUGAUAAAGAAGAAAAAGGUGGCGAAAGAGAAGAAGAUUCUGAGGAUCGGGACGAGUUAUCGGAGACUCUACCUCCCGAGAUAAACCCAGACACCGAGGACCAAUCACUGAAAUCACAGGAUUAUCAGGAAGAGGACAAAGAAGAGGAGGUUUUUCAUGAUGCAAUGGAUGGAGAAACCAAGGACAGAGCUCAAGUUGUUAACGUUCUGUUUCUAGAGAAUCAAGAUAAGCAACCGAUAGAAAAUUUUCUGGAGAAUUGUCAACGUUAUAAAGAGGAACUUCAGUUAGGCGAAGAGCUUACAGGGGCUAGGAAUGAAUACAAAUGCCUCCUUAAGAAGGCAAAAGAGACAGGAUGUCCGGUACAGAAGAAUGCCCCACCAAGCCAGCUGAAUGCUGUAACUCCAAAUGAGAAAUGUCAGGCACCUUCUUUAUAUGAGGUUAUUAGUGAUGUAUCAAAAAGAUGGCCGAAAGCAAAAUGGAUGGACGCUGUAACAGAGUUCAUUACGUUAACAACAUACUCACAAUCAGAACCCAGACAUGCUAAACACCAGAGACCACGUUCUGCCUCUGGAUAUCAGAAGAAAAAAGAGAAAGAGUAUAGAAAUACAAUAGAGAAAUUGUUGGACCAGGAAUGGGACUAUGAAGUUAUUCCUAGGACUGCUGUGGAGUAUGAUUACAGACACUUUUACACCUCAGAGAGUGUCCUUAAGUCUAGUUUUCCUGAUGCUUACAUUUUUAAUAUGGCCAAUUCUACACUAAGUAAACCUGAGGACGUUCCAUCAGAAUUCAAAGAAAGAACUCUUUUUACUUUUCUGCUGUCCAUUGAUAUGAAAAAAUAUGGAGUAAAACCUGCUGAUGCCUGGAGAGACUUUGGUCGCUGUAUUUUGGCGGAGAAACAGUUAGACCUAGCACGUCGAGCAGUGGGCCCAGAUCUUGACAAAAACGUUAUUGUCAGCAAACACAACUUCUACAAGCUUCAAAAUGAGUUAAAGGAAAAGACGGAGGAAAUUGAGGAACUUUCUACGAGACUGAGUAAGUUUGCCAGUCAACAGCUGACUGAGGGUAACCCGAACAUCGCGGACCUGAGUGACACACACCGUCCCACCAGACUGGGAGAGAUGUACAGUCAGCUGUUUGAUGAUGAGUGGUCGGAGGCGUUUGAAGCCUUAAAGCCUAAAAAGGAUGAAGAUGAUGAAGAAGAAGAUGAUGACAUCUUUCCUGAUACACUCUUUAUCUUACAGAAUAUGCUUAAAGAAAUAUUCGAAUUUUGUAAAACUCAAUCACAGAAACAACUAGUCGAAUUAGAGGACAGUUUUGCUACCGUAAUAGGGUUGAAGGAAUCAAAGGUAAGAAAACAAAAGAAUGAGGAAAGAGCAGAGGAGAACCAUACUGAUGGUGGAGGUGACUCUAGUGAAAAACCGAAGGUGUCAGAUGAGAGUGUGCAAGAGAAAGAAAGCAAAGAAACAGACGAUACCAGUGAUAACAAGCAAUUCGAAGACAUCAAAACUCCUUCUGAAGAUAUAAAAGGAGGGGAUGAAUUAUUCCAACAACCAAAGUUGUCAACUGAAAGUACAGAAAUGGAAAAGGAUGCAGGGGAGUUAAAUGAUAACCAAACUGAAAAAGAUAAACCAGGAAACUCUGGUACUGAUACAAAAGACUCAAGUAAAGAGGGAGCAGUUGAACAACCAAAACCCAAUAAACAAGAUACUAGUGUAACUGACCCUGAAAAGGAGCCAGAAAAGGACACUAGUAACAAUAUUAAUAAUGACACUGAGUUAAAUAAUAGUAUGAACGUAGAGGAUAAACCUAUGGAAACUUCUGAUAAAAAGCUGAAGGGGGAACAAACUUCUGACGACAAGAUGGCCGAUCCUAGUGAACCUAAUUUGGAUAGGAAUGAAGUACCGAAUGAAGAAGUGAACAGUGAAGGUCAAACCAGUGAGAAGACCGAUGAUAAUGCUAGCUCUAAAGGUCAAGACAAGGAACUACUGGAGUCUUCGGAACAAUCAAACAUAAAGCAAUCCUCUGGUGAAGAAACAUCAAAGGAUGGGGAAAAGGAGGAUAAACAAGAUCCAUCUGAAAGAGAGGAGGCUCAGAAUAAAGCACCUGAAGAGAAGGAUGGAGGGAAUGAACCUGAUGGGGAGGAAGAGAAAGGACCAGAAGAGGAAGAGGAUAGGAAAUACAGGACCGACCAAGCCUUCCCAAUGAUCGAGCGUCACGCCCGAGAGUUCCGAAAGGCUGCAGCAGCAACUUCAGCCAAGACUAAGUCCACACUUUUCAUCAAUGUCGAACUUCCAAAUCUUGUCACGGAUAAAGGUAUUAGAGAAGACCUACGCACCCUGACCUACGUAAGAAAAUGUGUAGAGUUGUGUUGGUACAUGUGUAUGCAGGAUCCUCCUAUGGUUAUUAUAAGUCCUGAGAGAGGACAAGAAAUCGACAAAGGUUUGUUUUCCCUCCAUGGUCGCCGCGGGAAAACGGUAGAAGUCUGUGUGUGGCCUGCUCUUCUGCUUCAUGACAGCGGGCCGCUUGUGUGUAAGGGAUACGUCCUACCAGAGGAGAGGAAACGCAAGAAGUAAAAAAAGAAUUCAUAUUUCAUGAGUGUUUUUUUCAUAACUUUAUGGAGUUCAAUUAUUAAUUAUGACUGUUUAAGUAGCAUUUGAUGGUCAUUUGUUUUAUGUAUGACCACAAUAAACAUAUCGCUUUGAGAGUGAAUACAUAUGUAGGUAUUGGAUGAUAUAAUUUUGCAUUGAAGUUCAAAGCUGAUAGUUUGUACACAAGUGAUUGCAAAAAAGGUGUAGAUAUAAAACCUUAGCAUAUUUAAAUGAAAAUUGAAUAUUUAUUAUAGAUAUAUUGUUAACUUCUCAGAAAGUUACGAAUAUGCUUUUGAGUAAUGUUUCCUCUCAUUGCAUCACCAUUUUUUCCUCUCGAAUGAUUUAAUU